AUGUUCUCCCUCCCCCGCCUCCUCCUCGUCGCCCUCCUCGCCGCCCCGGCCGCCCUCGCUGCGGGCACCCCGAGCCCCGUCCCCGUCGCCCCGACGCGCGUCCGCCGCUUCGCCCCGGUCGAGGACGCCGCCUCGGUCUUCAACCCGACCGGCGUCGCCGCCCGCGCCCUCGCGCACAACCCCGUCGACGCGCGCGGGCUGACCAACGGCCAACGCCUCGCGCGUGGGCUCCCCCCACGUAGCCCUGCGUUCAACACGCGCCGCCGUGCGCUGGCUCCGCGCCAGUCCGCCACGCCCUGCGCGCUGAGCCAGGCGACUGGAACUAUCCGCGUCGCGGAUACCAACGGCGCCGUCCUUGGAUAUGUUUCGGCCAGCGCGAACGCGUUCGGCGAGUACAGCUUGGCAACCGACGCGGCCGCCGCGCUCUCCGUCGUGCUCCGCCGCUGCGACUCGAACGACUCGCCCUUCGACAUCGAGACCCUUAACGGCGUCUCCGCCUACCCGUACCUCGGUGGUGUCGUCGGCUUCGCGAACACCGACGACAACCUCAGCGCCGGCUCCUACAACUACGUCUACAUCGCGGGCACUUCCCAGGUCGCGCACGGCCCCGCUCAGAGCGCGCCGAACGCAUUCAGCGCCGCAUCGGGCACCCCCAAGGACAUCGAGUCCGCCGUCUGGACGCUCAGCGGCGCCGACGCGCUCGCGUUCAACUGGGUGAACACGGACGGCUCCGCCGCCGCGGGCACGCUCGUUUACGUCGCGUCCUCGGCUGCGUUCACGUACACCGGCGACCUCUCCGCGUUCGUGGCCACCUUCGGCCCUGCGACCGCAGUGACGUUCACGUUCGUCGACGCCGCCGCUGCCCCGUGAAGACCCCACCUGGUCGAUCCACGCCGAGCCCUAGAAAUACCCGAAAACGACAUUUAUAUUUCGGAUCACUAGGUAGCUCACGGUUUUAAAUCUAUAGGUUAUACAGAAGACACGCGUAGAGUUAUAGAACUACUGAUACAUAGCAUAUAACCUACAUUUACAGUACUGGACACCCCUCGCGAAGGGUGAUAUUUGAGAACGACGUUGAAAGACGAGGAACUGUUGUAGGGUGUAACGUGGUGCGCAAUACACUUGUUGAGCGC